CUCCAUAGUGCUUAAUACACAUCUAUUAUCUCGUCGGCUAAUAUCCCCCAAAAUAGCUGAUUCCAGCUCCAUCGCGGUUCCUCCCGCUUCGCCAUCAUGGGAUGGAAGGCGAUUGACUGGUCUCGGUGGACCACAAAUCCCUAUUAUGCCUUAGUGAUCUUUAUUAUAGCCUGUGGCAGCAUUCCUAAAGGUUACGAUGAGGGUGGCUACAGUGCCAGCGUCAAGCUCGAGUCGUUCAUGGUCGACUUCAACCUCCUGUCCUCUAACUGGACUAACGAUGCCACUGGCCUGGCCAACCGCAAGGCGAACAUAACCUCCUUCAAUGUGUUGGGUGCUGCAUUUGGUGCGUUGUUCUCGCUGGACCUGAACGAUCGCUUGGGUCGAGUACGGACAUGGCAACUGUCUGUUCUGGUCUGGGGAUCGGGCCUUUUCAUCCAAGUCUUCUCCUCCGGCAUCUAUGGUCUAUUACUGUUUGCUAGAAUUUGGAGUGGUCUGGGCGCCGGUGCCUUAACAGUGACUACGCCUUUGUACCUGUCAGAGAUCGCGCCGGCAAGGACUAGAGGCUUGGUAGUCAGCGUUUAUAUGGUGGUCUUGCUCACCAUCCUCACUGUGGGGUUCUUUGUCAACUAUGGGGCUGACCUGCAUAUGGCCCCUACCCGGGAACAAUAUCGCCUGGUCCAGUCGAUUCCACUAAUCCCUACGGGCCUAGCCUUCUUUGCUUCCUUCAUUGUACCUGAGACACCUCGUUAUCUGGUGUCCAAGCAGCGGCCCGAGGAGGCGCGAGAUGUACUAGCUCGGUUCCGUGGGAAAGACAUUUCCGAUCCCGAGGUUGAUGAAGAAUUUAGUACAAUCGAAGCUCAAGUGCGCGCCAAGGCAGCAGACUUGGCGUCUGUCAGUCACUGGCAAGCUUUCAAGGAGUCCCAGUUAAACCCUAAUUAUCGCCAGCGGUUCUGGCUCCUCAUGACCAUGCAAACUAUCGCCCAGUGGACCGGAGGAAACGGUAUCACUUACUACAUCUCUAAUAUCUUCCAGUAUGCUGGCAUCACUGGAAACGCCGAAUCUCUCAUCUCCUCAGGUGCAUAUGGCAUUGUCAAGGUCGUCUUCACACUGGCGUUUACUUGGGUCUUCAUUGAUCUCCUGGGCCGACGUCGCUGCGCGUUGACCGGACUUAGUCUCCAGCUGGCUGCUCACAUCUACAUGGGCGCUUACAUGGGUCUGCAACCGGGCGCCGCUAAAAACGAGAACGCUUCCAAUGCCGCCAUUGCAUCCGUCUUCGUCUACGCCGUUGGCUGGUCCAUCGGUCUCUGCACCAUCCCGUACCUGUAUGGUACAGAAAUCUUCCCCACUCGCAUCCGCAACGUGAGCUACGCUCUCAGCAUGACUUUGCAUUGGUUCUUCCAAUUCGCUGUCGUUCGGGUCACACCCAACAUGUUCGUUUCCCUUAACGUCUGGGGUGCGUACCUAUUCUGGGCCAUCAUCUGCUUUCUGGGCAUCAUUAUCCUCGGUAUUUGGAUGCCCGAGACCAAAGGUGUUCCCAUGGAGCGCAUGGGCGAUCUCUUCGAUUGCCCUUGGUACCUUCGCUGGCGUGCGAAGCCGAAGGAUGUCGCGUCGUCUUCGGCCUCCACUGCCGGUGAGGGCAGUGUCGAUGCCAAGCAAGUGGACAGCAAAAGUGUGCCUCUGUAG